AUGAAUUCGAACAUCAAAACGUCAAAGUUCGGCAUCUUCCCUGAUUACCAUACUCCAUUGGCUUGCCAAGAUGAUCUUGAUACGGACUGCACGGGUUGAUAAGCAUCUCCUGGUGCAAUCUGCAUCCCACUCUUUACUCCAGCGUUGUUGCCAAACUUUGCAACCUCAAACACCCCACCUUCUGUAGACCAUGCAAAUCUCCACCUUGAUGAAGUUACUUGUCAAAAGUGUGAAAAGACCUGGUCGACGACAUACAUAAGAUUUGCCUGUCCGGUCCAAAGCUGAAGUAUAGUUCCUGCUCACUUACGAACCUUUGACAGAACCAAGCCCAUCGCAAUCAUGCCUUCAGCCAUUUCACCUCCCGCCUUUAGCCCUCUUAAGGAUACCGUCCUCUUCAAGCCAUGGAAACUAGGCAACAUCACACUCGAACACAAGCUUGUGCAAGCUCCUCUGACUCGUAUGAGGUGCAGCAAGAAUGAUGAAGGCAUCAACAUACCAUCCGACCUCAUGGUGGAGUAUUACGGACAGAGAGCCAGCAAAGGAGGACUUCAACUCACUGAGGCUACUGAUAUCUCCCGAUAUGCGAGCGGUUAUCCCGGAGUGCCUGGCCUUUUUUCUGAGGAGCAGCUCGCCGGCUGGAAGCGCGUGACCGAUGCUGUACACGCCAAAGGUGGCUACAUCUUCUGUCAGAUAUGGCACACCGGACGUGCUUCGCCAGCUGGACUUCUGGGCGGAAGACAGCCUCUCAGUGCUAGCAACACCCCAAUCGCUGGUAAGGCACUGGAUGGUACAGACUUCAGUGCCACACCUCCAAAGCCCAUGACUACGGAGGAGAUCGCCGAAGUGGUUGCAGAUUUCGGUAAAGCCGCCCAAAAUGCAAUUGAUGCUGGGUUUGAUGGUGUCGAGGUCCAUGGUGAGUUGAUCUCAGUUGACAUCUUCUGUUCAAAGUCUGACUCGAUUUUAGGCGCCAAUGGCUACUUGUUGGAUCAGUUCCUCUGCGAACAACUUGCUGCCCUUCCUCAACAGCACAGACCAGUCUACGUGCACAGUGUAGAGCCUCGCUUUGACGAAGUCCUCGACGAGAAGGCCAAGAUGGACGCCCUGUCUGCGUAUGGUCCUGGCAAAGGCGUCGAGGCCGAAGCUACUCGCAAGAUUGGCCACUCCCUAACCCCAUUCCGAAGAAUCUUGUCCAAGGGCGAUAUCCAAUUUUUCGCCGCUGGUGCUUACACACGCGACAAUGCUGUUCCCAAGCUCGAAGCAGAUGACGCUGAUGCCAUUGUCAUGGGCAGAUGGUUCAUUGCUAACCCGGAUCUGCCGAGACGACUGGCCGAGGGACUGCCUCUCAACAAGUACGAUAGAGACACAUUCUACGGCGCGACCCCGCCGCAGAAGGGCUACACGGAUUACCCCUUCUUCGUUGGCGGAGCGGAGGAAUAGGCGGAGGCUGCGGCAUC